AUGGCGGCGCGGGCGGGCUUCCAGUCGGUGACUCCCAGCGGCAGCGGCGGCGGGGCCGCUGCCGGGGCUGGCGCGCUGGGCCCGGGCACGCCGGUACGCAUGGGCCCGGCGCCGGGCCAGGGCCUGUAUCGCUCACCGCUACCGGGAGCCGCUUACCCGCGCCCCGGAAUGUUACCGGGCAGCCGGUUGGCGCCGCAGGGCCCCUCCAUGGGGCCACCCGGUUACGGUGGGAGCCCAGCGGUGCGACCCGGGAUGGCUCAGGCCAGCCUGGACCAGGCUCGCAAGAGGCCGGCGCCGCAGCAGCUUCAGCAGGUGCAGCCGCAGGCCGUCCCUAACCGCAACCACAAUGCUAAGAAGAAGAAGAUGGCUGACAAAAUCCUGCCUCAGAGGAUCCGGGAGCUGGUCCCGGAGUCCCAGGCCUACAUGGAUUUGUUGGCCUUUGAAAGGAAGCUGGACCAGACCAUCAUGAGGAAGCGCCUGGACAUCCAGGAGGCUCUGAAGCGUCCCAUCAAGCAAAAGCGGAAGCUGAGGAUUUUCAUCUCCAACACCUUCAACCCUGCCAAGUCGGACGCCGAGGACGGGGAGGGAACCGUUGCCUCCUGGGAGCUGCGGGUGGAAGGGAGGCUGCUGGAAGAUUCUGCUCUUUCCAAGUAUGAUGCCACCAAGCAGAAAAGAAAGUUCUCCUCCUUCUUUAAAUCUCUGGUGAUUGAACUUGAUAAAGACCUGUAUGGCCCUGACAAUCACCUAGUAGAGUGGCACAGGACUGCUACGACUCAGGAGACAGAUGGCUUCCAGGUGAAGCGGCCGGGGGACGUCAACGUGCGCUGCACGGUGCUGCUGAUGCUGGAUUACCAGCCUCCCCAGUUCAAGCUGGACCCUCGCUUGGCUCGGCUGCUGGGCAUCCACACCCAGACCCGGCCGGUGAUCAUCCAGGCCCUCUGGCAGUACAUCAAGACCCACAAGCUGCAGGACCCCCACGAGAGGGAGUUUGUCAUUUGUGACAAAUACCUGCAGCAGAUUUUUGAAUCUCAGAGGAUGAAGUUCUCAGAAAUCCCACAGAGGCUUCACGCACUGCUGAUGCCCCCAGAGCCCAUCAUCAUCAACCAUGUCAUCAGUGUGGAUCCAAAUGACCAGAAGAAGACAGCUUGCUAUGACAUUGAUGUGGAGGUGGAUGAUACCUUAAAGACUCAGAUGAAUUCAUUUCUGCUCUCCACUGCCAGUCAGCAGGAAAUUGCUGCUCUGGAUAACAAGAUCCAUGAGACAAUAGAGACAAUUAACCAGCUGAAGACCCAGAGGGAGUUCAUGCUGAGCUUUGCCAGAGACCCUCAGGGCUUCAUCAACGACUGGCUGCAGUCCCAGUGCAGGGACUUGAAGACCAUGACUGAUGUCGUUGGGAAUCCUGAGGAGGAGAGGAGAGCUGAGUUCUACUUCCAGCCCUGGGCUCAGGAAGCUGUGUGCAGAUAUUUCUACUCCAAGGUGCAGCAGAGGCGCCAGGAGCUGGAGCAGGCCCUGGGCAUCCGUAACACAUAGGCUGCUCCUCUCCUCUCCUCUCCUCUCCACUCCUCCCCAGCCAGGAGGC